CCUUGGAGUAACUACCGCCUACAUCAGGAGACUACUUACCCAAGCGACGACGUCUUACCGAGCCCAGUCUUCCUGCCAUCUGAUAAUUGGAACUCCCUGAGUCGAGUACGAGAGAAAGGGAAGAAAUCGAGGCCGCAAUGUCGAUCAUCCAACAACACAACGCCUCAUCCCUCAGCGAUGCCUGGCGCACCAUCAACAUCGAUGCGCUGGACCCGGAGAGCUCGCAGAACUUCGACACAUCUACGCUGCACCCGCCCCUGCCCGAGAUCAGUGAGGCCGAGGUUCGACAGCUCAAUGGACAGGUUCGGCAACUGCUCCGGGGCGGCGACGCCGAGGGAGCUCUACGAGGAGUUUUGGAGACUCCCGUGUACAACGGCGAUCAGGGCGCAAAGGAGGCACAUCUCCAGACGGUCCUCGAGGUCCUGCAGUCCAUCAAGGCCAGCGAGAUGACGCCCAUGCUGCAGCGUAUUCACCAGUCGCAGGGCGGAAGCGAACUGUUGGACGCCUUGAUGAAGUAUCUGUACAAGGGCAUGAGCGCUUCGGCACCGCGACAAAAGACAUCGAACAAUCUAACACCACAGGCGACAGGCUUCACCCAAAUGUCGGGAAGACCGGGCGCGGGCAACGAGUCGACGGGUGCUGCUAUGAGUGUAUUGCUGAGCUGGCAUGAGAAAGUUGUCGAUGUUGCGGGUCUGGGCAGCAUCACCAGAUCUAUGACAGACUGGAGAAAGGUAUAAAGAGUUGUCUGCUAUUCCGGCGACUAGAUCAUGAUUUGGCGCAGAAAAGUUAAAUAGAAUAAUGAGGCUAUGAGUACAGGUCGCGGUGAUACUGCCGUACGUAGUUACCCCUGGAAAGCCUUCGUCUUGCAUCUACCAGUGCAUAUGGUGAUGUUGAGGAUCCAGCUACUUGGGAAAUGGUGAGAAAGCCGAGAAAGGCGGGCACUGUAGAUAUCACACAGCCUUUAGAGCAUCUUGAAAUGGAGCAACAGACUAUUACUACUGAG